AGAACUUUUGAAGUGGAACGGAUGGGGAUAUAAUGACUCCAAAUUCAUCUUCAAUAAGAAGGGUCAAGCAGAAUUCACAGGAAAAAGGUACAGAUUAGGUGGUAUGAUAUUACCAACUUUUAAGGAAUGGAUAGAAAAAACCUUUGGAGCAAGUCUGGAGCACAAAACUACCUCUAGAGCAUCCUUAAAUGUUAAUGAUGUACCUCCAUCCACUGUAAAUGAAGAAUUUCUCCAGGAUCUUAGAGCCACUAAAAUCUCCUAUUCACAGGAUGCAGAAGAUAGGGUAUUCAGAGCUCAUGGUCACUGCCUACAUGAGAUAUUUGUACUCAGGGAAGGAAUGUUUAAGCGAAUUCCUGAUAUAGUUGUAUGGCCUGUUUGCCAUGAAGACGUAGUUAAAAUUGUGGAAUUAGCCUGCAAACACAAUCUCUGCAUAAUACCAUUUGGUGGGGGGACGAGUGUCUCUAGUGCCCUUGAAUGUCCUGAAGAAGAAAAAAGAACAAUUGUCUCAUUGGAUACAUCACAAAUGAAUCGAAUUCUCUGGAUAGAUGAGAAAAACUUAACAGCUUGUGUGGAAGCUGGCAUUGUUGGACAAGAUCUGGAAAAACAGCUUGCUGAAAGUGGCUUCUGUACAGGCCAUGAACCAGACUCCAUGGAGUUCAGUUCACUAGGAGGAUGGGUAGCAACACGAGCAUCAGGCAUGAAAAAAAACAUCUAUGGAAACAUUGAAGAUCUGGUGAUUCAUAUAAAAAUGGUAACUCCUAGGGGAGUAGUGGAAAAAAACUGUCAAGUACCUCGCAUGUCAACAGGACCUGAUAUACAUCACUUCAUUAUGGGAUCUGAAGGAACUCUUGGAGUGGUUACUGAAGUUACGAUAAAAAUUCGCCCAGUCCCUGAAUACCAGAAGUAUGGCUCUGUGGUCUUCCCGAACUUUGAACGAGGGGUGGCCUGCUUAAGGGAAGUGGCAAAGCAGAGAUGUGCUCCUGCAUCAAUUCGCCUUGUCGACAAUGCACAGUUUCAGUUUGGUCAUGCCCUUAAACCACAAGUUGCUUCCAUUUUUACAUCAUUUUUGGAUGGACUGAAAAAAUUCUACAUCACGAAGUUUAAAGGAUUUGAUCCCAACGUACUUUGUGUAGCUACCUUGCUCUUUGAGGGUGACAGAGAGAAGGUUCUUCAGCAUGAAAAGCAAGUUUAUGAUAUUGCCACCAAGUUCGGUGGCUUGGCAGCAGGAGAAGAUAAUGGACAGAGAGGAUAUAUGCUGACAUUUGUCAUCGCUUACCUUCGGGACCUGGGCCUGGAUUACUAUGUAAUAGGAGAAUCGUUUGAGACAUCUGUUCCUUGGGAUAGAGUUUUGGACCUUUGUAGGAAUGUAAAGGAAAGAAUAGUAAGAGAAUGCAAAGAGAAGGGUGUUCAGUUUGCUCCUCUUUCCACCUGCAGGGUGACACAGACUUAUGAUGCAGGUGCAUGUGUCUACUUCUACUUUGCCUUUAACUACAGAGGAAUUAGUGAUCCUAUUCAUGUCUAUGAACAAAUUGAGAGGGCUGCUAGAGAAGAAAUACUUGCCAAUGGAGGAAGUCUGUCACAUCACCAUGGAGUAGGCAAAUUGCGGAAGCACUGGAUGAAGGAGAGCAUCUCAGAUGUUGGCCUGGGAAUGCUGAGAUCUGUUAAAGAAUAUGUGGACCCCAAUAACAUCUUUGGAAACAAAAAUCUUUUAUAAAACCCUACACAACAUGAUGUACUAAAACUUCUUCAAAAUUACUGUUGAAAUUCCUUGACUCUCGUUGUAUUGAUAUCCCAGUAAUCAAAUAUAACAUAGACUAAACUUUAAAAACUAGUAACUUACGUUGAUUUUUGCCACCUCGUUCCCCCUCCCCCCAAUAAAGUGUAAACAUCACUAUUAAUGUUUAUGGAUUUUUACUUACAAUGCUCUUAGACUCUUCAACAGCCCGCUGGGCACAGUGUCUUAUUAACCAGGAAAUGCAAGUUUGGUUUUCCAAGUUCGGUUAGGCAACACAGCUGACAGUAUUUUAAAUGCUGGAUACUGCCAGAUGUUUCCUACUAAAGCAUCCCCUGCAAGGACAACAAAGACUGACAACAGUGUUUUCUACAGAAGCAGCUGCUCAACCCAGCCUCUUGCUAGAGGAAAGCUGCUAGGAGACAGAUGAGAGAACA